GAUCUAGUCUGACGGAGUCCAAGAGAAGAAGAAGAAGAGUAGGAACCGAAAAUAGGUAGACACAGCAGCUAAAAUAUGUUUGUCAGCUGCAUAAAAAUAAGUUUCCGUUAACGUUUUAUUCUUCGGCGUAAGCUGACCAGCAGCACUGCAGAGAUGGAGGCUGUUGGAACAGAUGACAAUCCGGAUGCACAGGGAGCUGUGGUGGAAGAACCAUGUCCUGCUGGGCAAAGCAAGACUUCUGCCAAGACCGGUUGGGCUUUGCUGGAAGAAGCAGUCCAGUUGAAAACGAAAGGGAAUGCCUUCUACAAGGAGAAAAAUAUCCGCUCGGCCAUUGGUCAUUACCACCGUGCCCUGCUGGUUCUCCGAGGCCUCGACUCUAAUGUGUUGGCACCAGUGAAAGGGUUUGGACCUGAGAAACCUCCUCUUACAAUGGAACAGGAGGCUUUGCUGAGAAACACGCAAGUGGACUGCUACAACAAUCUAGCUGCCUGUUUGCUGCAGAAACAGAAGGUUGAUUACACUCGUGUGUUGGAGUACAGCCUGCGGGUGCUGCAGUGGCAACCAGGCAACAUCAAAGCUCUGUACCGGGCAGGUGUGGCCACCCUGGAGAUGGGAGAUGCACAGGCAGCUAAACAGUACCUCACCCAGGUCUGCAGAGAGCAGCCUAAAGAUGCUAAUGUGAGGGAGCACCUGCAGAGGGCAGAAAAGAAGCUGAACCAGGAGCUGCAGAAAGAGAGAGCGAUGUACCGGGGCAUGUUUUCCUCCGGCUCAAAGGACGACACUAACAGAGCGGGUGAUGGAGUUUAGAUGGACAGCUUAAUGUGCCAAAUAAAACCUCAACCUCAGCCAGGCUGGACCACCUGAGAGGAGAACACACACACACGUUGAAUGAGUAUUACUGUCAGAUUUCUGAGUUUGAAGAAGCAACGGCGAUGUCAAGGUUUCUAUAGAUUACAGACCACUGGCAAGCAGUGAGAAGGACAGUAAACAUGUCACGCCUGAAAAUAGAAGAGGACAGGACAGUUAGUUCAUUUCCAUGUUGCUAGGAAACUAAGUCUAGUAGUCUGUGCUCAUGAACAUCGAAGUGACUCUUUAUGCUCUAUCAAAAUGCCCGUAUGAUUGUCUCUCCAGUGAUAUGAAUGUUGGUUUUUGAGUAAAAAAUGUUUAAUAUCC